UUCUGGGUACGAACUUCUCCUUAUAAUAUUCUUCUCAAACUGUUGUCUUUUUGUUUUCUUUGGAAUCAAAUACUCAAUCUUUCUGCAAGUUAUGCUAUGUUAUAGCUUCAUGGAUGAUGCUAUUGGGAAGAUAAAGGUUAUCCCGGAUCACUUUAAAGCUUCAACAACUAGUGUGGAUUCUCAUCAGAACAGAACUUCAUCUUUGUCACAACAAUCUGAUAAAUUCUUGGAGCAUAGCUCUCAUAGCUGGACUCGAAGACAAUUAAGGAGUGCUGCAUUCAUGUUGAAUAUGUUUUCUUUCAAAGGGCUGGCAUGGGGUUCUAGCACCAAUGGUCAGGAAAAGGUUGAGCUAUCUAAGGCAGAAGUAGAGUCACUUAGAUCAGAACUUGCUGAUUUAGAAGAGAGGGAAGCUCACUUGAAAGCUCAGUUGGAACAUGUUGAUGAAAUCUUGCGGUCUGCUCGUCUGUCUGGUUAUUUGUACAUUCGAACUAGGUGGACAGCACUUCCAGGAGAACCUCCCCCUUUAGAUGAUACUGAUGUUGAUGACUGGCUUCCUCGCUUUACGGUCCUUCAUGGACCGUGUAUAUUCUUCUAUCUUUUAUCCACAGAUCUGAGCCCUCAAGACUCCACCCUCCUAUCUGACAUUGUUGAAAUAGGUCCUCUACCAAGCUUUACACGAGAAGAUGAGGGGACACGAUAUGCCUUUUAUGUCUUAACUCGUCAAGGACUGAGAUAUGAGUGCUCAAGUAUUUCUAAGACUCAGGUGGACUCUUGGUUGUCAGCAUUACAAACUGACUGCAAAUCGGGUUCUGGUACAACAGCUCCCAAUGGUUUGACUGAGACAAAGGUCAUGCAAGAACUUCUUGAACAGAAGGAUGGUAUAAAUUAUGCCAUUCCAGAGGAGCAAGCUCUUCUGGGAUUUUCCUUUUUGUCUGUCAAUGACCAAACAACUUUUUCUCAAUCAACCAAAAAAAUCCGUUUACGGACGGUUUCGGACUUUCGGGUAGGGUUUGACCUGACCACCAAAAAGGAAACCCAAUCUCCAUCUCACACGUCGUACCUCUUUCUCUCUCUCUCUCUCUCUCGUUUUCACUCGUUCCUCACUUCCCUCUUAUCAUUUCAGCGUCGCACUUCCAUCCCAGAGCUCCAAGUUAUUCCUAAGCUACCGAAAAUGACGUCCCAGAUUCUCCGAUCUGUUUCCAAAGCCACCCGGUCGCUCCUCUCUGCCUCUAAGGGCUCUCGUUUCUACUCCGAGGGGCGAGCCGUAGCGGCUGUGGCGGCAAUGUCGUUGAGAGGGACGGUGCCGUUUCUAGCUUCGAAUUAUGGGAAGGCCGGUUCUGAGAAUAUGACUAGGGAAUGGAUUUCAGGAGCCCUUGCUGUUUCUGCAGCAGCUUACAUGCUCCAGGAGCAGGAGGCACAUGCUGCAGAGAAUGAGCGCACUUUCAUUGCUAUCAAGCCUGAUGGAGUGCAAAGAGGGCUGAUUGCAGAAAUCAUAUCUCGUUUCGAGCGGAAAGGGUUUAAGCUCGUGGCCAUUAAAAUAGUGGUUCCUUCAAAGGGAUUUGCAGAGAAGCAUUAUCAUGAUCUGAAGGAAAGACCUUUCUUCAAUGGCCUGUGCGACUUUCUUAGCUCUGGCCCUGUUAUUGCAAUGGUCUGGGAAGGAGAGGGAGUGAUUAAGUAUGGUCGAAAGCUGAUUGGAGCUACAGAUCCACAGAAAUCUGAACCUGGAACCAUCAGAGGUGAUCUAGCUGUUGUAGUUGGAAGAAACAUCAUCCAUGGGAGUGACGGUCUAGAGACUGCCAAGGAUGAAAUCAAUUUGUGGUUCAAACCAGAGGAGUUGGUUACUUACACAAGCAACUCAGAGAAGUGGGUCUAUGGAGCCAACUGAUAAUGGAUUUUUUUUGCCUUUUCUUUUCUUCUAUUGAGUUAGGUCCCCCAUGAAGAGUGGGGUUCGAAGCAUAAUUGAUAAAACAAUAAUGUUUUUUUCUCUUGAGGUGAGAGUCAUAGCACCGAUUUGCUUCAAACAAUUGGCAGAUCUGAAUUUUAGCAAUAAUUAGUUUCACCUCCUUUUGAUUGGACUCCAAUGAUCAAAUAAAGUAGUUUUACUCGUGUUCUUCA